CUGAAUUUGUUCUGAUACAGCAGGACAAAAUUUUGUUUUUAAGCUGGAGAAAGAAUGACGAUUCUUCAAUGCAUCAUGUUUUGCUGCCUCGCAGCUGCGUGUGUGGAGGCCUCAGCAGUGCUGGAAGUGAGCGGCCAUGUUGGAGGAGAGGUCACCGUACGCUGCUCUGGGAGCUGGACCACGGACAAUAGCUCUGAACACCACAACAUGUACUUCUGCAAAGAAGUCUGCUCCAGGGAAAACAUUCUCAUUCAGACUGAGAGGAGGAGGGCUGCCGUCACGCUGCGAGGGAGAUAUAGCGUGGAGGUCAACAGAGGAGACUUCAACGUGACCAUAAAGAGGCUGAAGGGGGCAGACGCAGGGAGAUAUCACUGUGGAGUGGGGAACACUUUAAAUGUGCUGUACCAGAAGAUCAAUCUCAUAGUCCUAGAUGCUUCCACUGUUCCCCCUGGAUCUUCUCCCUCCACCACCAGCCUGCAGACCGAAGCACAAACUCAGCCUCAAGGCAGCUUUCCUUCCAGCUCUGAAUCGGCAGCAUUAACCCUGCCGGCUACAGAGGAGAAGACAAACCACAAAGCAGCAACCAAACUCUCAGAUACCACAGUGGUCAUCAUUGUUUCGGUGAGCCUGGCGCUUCUGGUUUGUGCCGUUAUACCUCUUAUAUUCUACGGACACUGCCAGAGUAGCGUGGAAGAUGAGAACAGACCUGAAGGAAGCAUGGCAGAUUACUGUGAGGAAAGUGCAGAUGUUGCCUCUACUCAGGCUGCAGUGAGGCUUCAGUCUUUUGAACCAGAUGCUGGUCAGGGGUCCAGUGCUCAGGAUGCCUCCCAGUAUGCUGCCAUCUACCAGGCACUUGAUCCCAAAAGUCUGGACUGAGCAGUUUAUUCCCUUUCUGAGCUGACAGCUAAUCUCACCAUCUCAUCUCUUUUCUGCAUGAAUGA